UUAACAUCUGAGUUCCCCCGCCUCGUCCGCCUCCAAUGGAUUGGUUCGAAUUCAUAUGCGUAAGAAACCAUUGGAUGAAAAUAGCAGGCUUGCAACGCGGUUUUCGAAGAACGAAAUAAAAGGUUUGAUCUGGCAGAGAUUUGGAGUGAGGAGUAGUGUUGUGAGUAACGGAGAUUGAGGAUAUUAUUUCGCUCAAGAAUUAUAUGAACGUGCAAUACUUCGGGGAGAUUGGCAUUGGUACUCCUCCGCAAAAGUUCACUGUGAUCUUCGAUACCGGUAGCUCGAAUCUAUGGGUUCCAUCUUCUCAGUGCUACUUUUCACUCGCUUGUUACUUUCAUCCGAAGUACAAGUCAGAACUAUCGAGCACUUAUCAGAGGAAUGGUAAAUCUGCAAGCAUCCAUUAUGGAACAGGAGUAAUAUCAGAUUGUGGAUUGUGAUAUUAUUCAUCCUGGAAUUUAUUGAAGCCACAAAGGAGCCAGGUCUCACAUUCCUGGUUGCAAAAUUUGAUGGCAUACUAGGACUUGGAUGUAAGGAAAUAUCAGUCGGAGAUGCUGUGCUUGUGUGGUUGCUAUUGAAGGUUGGAGCAAAUGCCUUUUGUCGUUUGGAGCACAUGCCUUUUGUCAUUUGGAACAUAUGCCUUUUGAUUUUUUUUUUUUUAUGGAGAAAACUUGUUAUUGAAGGUUGUAUAUAUUUUGAAGAUUGAAGAAAAUAUUGUAUUAAUG